AUGAACAAGCUCAGUCGUACGGGUCAGCAAAACUAUUUCAUCAUAGCAAGAUCGGCGACCCAUCAGGACGAUCAGCUAUGCUACCGAGACCCUGAGCAAUUUGGCGAGCCACUUCACGAUGUGCCGCUGUUCCAGACAAAGGCCACACCAUCGAGCCUGAUUGCAAAGCCAGAUGGUCGAAACGCAUACCAUGUUCAACUUCACUUCGAAUCACGUACAGAGUCGCAUUCUCCAAAACCUUCGAAAUUGCCCAUCAAACCGCCGCGACCAAAUCUGACGAGGAAUCACAUCAGCCGUUCGUGCUUGAGUGAGCAAUCCGCCUCUGGCCGAGAGACCAUAUACUCGCGGCACGCCAAAUCAGAGCCAGCCACGGUGUCUCGUCCAGACCGGUCUUGCACGCUUUGCAACGAGACAAAUACUCCCAGGUGGCGUAAGGGACCUGGGGGACACCGAACCCUGUGCAACGUUUGCGGUUUGAUCUAUUCCAAGAGGCAGUCAAAGGGCAAAUCUCUCAUACUUCCUGGAGGGUACAGUCGUGGUACUCGCGACACCGUAUCCGACGACUCCUCACGACAAUCAUAA